GUUUCAUCAAGUGGACAGCGAUGAAUUGACCAUUGCAGUGAACUUUUGGUGGAAGUCAAAUUUGAUGUCUCGCAUGUUAGAGCAUAUGGAUGGAUACUAUUUACGCCGGAUAUUGAGCAGAUUGGUUGACAAGGAGAUGGAUCAGAUUUUGCACAACAGUAUGGUUUGUAAUUUUAAAGGUAGAGAAAAUCAUGCAGUCACUCAUGAAGACUCAGAAGGUAUCCAUGUCUUCGAUUCCAAUCACCAGAGAGAGGGCUCAAAAGUGAAUCGUGACAAGCAUGGUCUGUUGCAGCAGCUAGAACCCCAUGCACUUCAUCUGCUGUAUGAACUUUUAUCUUUGGUUCAUGAUGCUGUUAAAGUUAGUGGCCAAGAUCAAGCUGUGGAUUCCAAUUAUUCGAAAGAUCUAUCAGUCAAUCCAAGGGCUGAAUACAAUCAGAUUACAACAGAUAGUUCUUGUCUCAUGGAACAUGAUCCUGUUGCAAACAUCUUUUGGGCUGUUGAACCACUUUUACUACAGAGAAUCCUACUAGUCAUGGUGAAUCAUUUCCCAAGAACAUUAGAGGCUCUCAUUCUACACAUGCUUUCACCAACAGCAGCAGAAGUUCUUACACGGAAGUUUGAUGAGAUGGAUCAACUGUCCACUAAAGAACAACAGGAUGAAUUUUACCAGCUAUUCUAUAGCAUAUUCGAUGAUCAGUAUGCUGCAAUGGAUUCAAUUUUGAAUGGAAAGGAGUUGUUCAACUUUCAGGCAUUCAGGAACGUUCUAGAUCAGUAUCUUGGAGUAAGCACUAACAAGCCCAAAUAGUUCAUUUUAAACUAACAAAGAAUGCAUCAGAAGAAAUGAGGCCUAGAGCAUGAUAGUUCCUGAGGACAUACUAUGUGCUGUAUGAAGAUGAAGGUUGUCCCUCAUUGCUUCUCAUCAUGUAGCUACACUUCGUCAAAUGAUUUCUGAAUUGUUGCCCACCCCUUUCGGAUAAUAUAUAUGACAACUGACAUUAUGCACUAAAGAUGGAUGCUGGAUCUUGCUCUUGUUCAUGGGACUGGCUUGUCAAGAAAUGUAUCUGGAUCACUGCCCCCCUUGUGUGGUUGAUUAGGGCUUGCACAUCAUGGGGUUGUUUCAAAGCUCCAAUCGUUCAAACUGGGUUUAUUAAUACAGGUACUGCAAGAACAAACUUUGAAAUGUAAGUGGAUUUAUGAAUUCCCAAUAGGUUAGUAAUCUGACUGGAGAUUGCUUCCUUCUACAGACCAUAAUCUGUACUUGAAGGAACUUGAGCAAGUAUUAGCUCUUAGUCUGUUUUGUGGUUGUGGAACCAAGGCAAAGAACUUUUGAAGAUCUUAAGCAGACUUCCGUAGAUUUUUUAUGAUUUGGCAUGAUUCAAACAAUUUUUCGUUUGGAAAAACAGCCAAAUUUAUAUGUUUGGAUGCAGGGAACUGCUAAAUAAACGGAUCACUGAAGGAGAAACUCUUCUAUUGCUCC